GCAUUUCAGUGGUUUAAGUAGCCAAAGAAGUAGCACACUUUUCAUUCAAGCUGCAGUAUUGGCAAAAAAAGAACACCUCUGCACGAAGUCCAAGUCCACACACAUCCACAACAAUGGACAUCAAAGGUGAAGGUAGGCUAGCUCGUCCUGCUCUGACCGAAGAGCAGGUGGUGAAGAAGGCAAACACCAUCAUUGAAGAGUAUCUGCUCACCAACGACAUACAGGAGACACUGCAGUGUGUGGCAGAGCUCAACAGUGCUUCGCUGCUGUAUGUGUUUGUGCGAUGUGCUGUGGAGUUGACGCUGGAGCGCAAGACGAUGGCUCGAGAGCAAAUAGGCCUGUUGCUCUACCAACUUAUUCAAGCUGGGACUUUGCCAACACAGCAGUACUACAAAGGGUUAGAGGAGAUCUUGGAGGCUGCAGAAGACAUCGCCAUAGAUAUACCUCGCAUCUGGUUGUACCUGGCUGAGCUUAUUACCCCCAUGCUACAAAAGGGAGGCAUCCUGAUGGGACAUCUCUUCAGGGAGACAUUGAAAACUAUCUUGCCUCUGGGGAAGGCUGAUGUGCUUCUGGCAGAGAUCUUUAAUUUACUUUGCAAAGAAACGACACCUGAGAAGGUCAGCAACAUGUGGACAGACUCUGGGCUGAACUGUAAUGACUUCUUGCCCAAUGACAAAGAUGUCAGCAAGUUUGUUACAGAGCAGAAAAUGAAUUUUCAGGAUGUUGUUCAAGCUGAGCUACCUGCUGAGGCUGCAGAUGAGACUGAGGACAACCAGGAUGCACAAGCCGACAAUCCCAAAGACAUACCUGAGCCGACAAAGCAGAAAAACCAGAACGAAGAACAACACAAUCCACUAAAAGAUAGGAAGCUCUACCACAGGGAGGUACUCACAACCCCCCAGGUGAUCUGCACCAAUAUGAUCAAACCACAGGACCCAAAAAUCAGUGCAGUCCUGGACAAGGAGAACAAGACUUCCCUGCCACCGAAUGAUGAAGCACCACUGAUGAACGUUACCCAGGAUUUCACUUCCUCAUAUUUGAAUUUUGGGAGCAGAUCAGCAGCUGGACCACGUUGCUUCCAGCACGGUCAGAGUAUGGAGCUCAGGAAAAUCAGCAAUAGCAUCCAACUGCACAAAGCUGAGAAUGCAUGGAGGCCAGUGGUGAAGAAGUUCAAUCACAGCCACAGAGGCAGGGAUUUGAAAGAAGGUGACCCUGAAAAGGCCAAGACCCAGGAGCUGUUCAGGUGUGUGCGCUGUAUCCUCAACAAGUUGACCCCUCAGAAGUUCCAGAAGCUGAUUGAAAAGAUGAGAGAGCUGAUGAUUGACACAGAGGAGAGGUUGAAGGGAGCCAUUGACCUCAUCUUUGAAAAAGCAAUCUCAGAACCUCACUUCUCUGUGACCUACGCCAAAAUGUGCCACUGCCUUAUGGAACUGAAAGUCUCCUCUUCUAGGACACCAGGGGUUAAUGCAGACUUCCAUAAACUGUUGAUUAACCACUGUCAGAAAGAGUUUGAGAAGGACAAACGUGAUGAUGAGAUCUUGAAAAAGAAGCAAAGGGUGUUGGAAGCUUGCAAAAAUGAAGACAAGCGUCAGCACUUGAAGGAGGAGCUGGAAGAGGCCAGAGACAAGGCUCGUCGCCGCUCACUGGGAAACAUGAAGUUUAUAGGCGAGCUCUUCAGAUUGAAGAUGCUGAAAGAGCCCAUCAUGCACAAGUGUGUAAAGAUACUACUAAAGAAACACGAUGAAGAGCCUCUGGAGUGUCUGUGUAAGCUGCUCUCCACCAUCGGGAAAGAUCUGGACCAUUUAAAGGCCAAGUCUCACAUAGAUAAGUAUUUUAACCAGAUUGACAAGAUCAUCAAAGAAAGGAAGACCUCAUCCAGAAUCCGCUUCAAGCUGCUUGAUCUCAUGGACCUCCGGAAGAGUAACUGGGUGCCUCGAAGAGGAGACCAGGGUCCUAAAACAAUUGACCAAAUCCACCAGGAGGCAGAGAUGGAGGAGCACAGGGAGCAGAUCAAAGUCCAGCAGCAGCUCAUAUUCAAGAAAGAGGAAGGUGGAGGCAGAAUUUGUCGAGACAUGUGGUUCCGAGGCCCUCGCAGAGCAGGAAAUGACCGAGCCACACAGUCACGAGAUGGUAGACGGAACACAAAACUCAUCUCUGAGGACAGACCUAUCGACACCAACCGACUUAUGAAGAUCACAAAGCUUAUUGCUCUGGACUUUAACAGUCACCUGUUACUUCCAGGAGGCAAACACAUGCAGGACGCCUGGACCAAAGGCUGCAGUGGAGGAACUGGAACUAAUCCAGGAAGUAAAGAUCAUUCCUCGGUAAGACAGCGGUCUGAGUCCAUGUCUUCAACAGGCUCUUGCUGUGGAGUUCCACAGAGGUCAAACUCCAGUGGUGAAUGUGGUGGAAACAAGGAUAAAAGCAACCACAAGAGGGAGCCAUUCAACAGAUCUCAUCACAGUGAAGGACAGGAAGACCAUGACGACAGAGAGUCACAGAAGCAAGGAGGGAGGAACCAGGUCUCACCUGAGCCUGGACACCAUGUUGUUCCCCAGCAACAGAGACAGAGGAGGGGCAGGUGGAGAAAACAGAGAUAAACGAAAACUCUUAGAAAAACUUCACAAAUCCAUCGUCUUCUUCGACUGACUUGACAGAUGAUUUAUCUUUAUGAAUCCUUAUUUUGAUUGAAUGGGGAAAACAUCUAUCACCAAAUGUGACCAAUGACAUAAGUAGUUUUCAUUUUUUGUGUGUUCUGUAUUUUCAAGGACGAGUUUUAAACACAAACUUAGCAAACCAAUAAAAUAUAAUAUUUUUUU